GGCGUUGGGCAGAAGCCUUGGAGGGUUCCUUUGGCUUGUGCCUUCUGGAGGUGAUGCUACUGGAUGUCCCAACGACCGAACGAUUCAUCAACGAUUGCGUGUCUUUUCACUUCGACAUUGUCCAAUGCCUGUCACGACAGUACAUGACGUCUCCUGUGGCCUUUGCCAUGGGUGCAGCCAUGGCAGGGCUGAUGCCGGCCAACGUGAAGCGCAUUCACAACAUCAUUGAGACCAAGACUGCCUCCUUUGCGGAAGUAUUUCAUGCAAUUUAUGGCCACCACACCCCCGAACCAACAGUGGUACAGGGCUCGGAUGGGAAACGGCAGGCUGAAAAAUGGGAUGCCUAUGUCGCCGAAGGCGAUAAAGCGUUUUUGAAAACACCGCAUGGGACUGCACAAUUUGUGCUGACUUUUUUGGUAGCCUCAACGAUGCUGCAUUCCAGUUGCUCCUCCACCUACGAGCGUAGGUACUUGACUGCUACCAUUUUGAGGGACUUGGUCGACCAAUCACUCCAGACAGACGUGGGACGGGUUUGUGCUCUUCCAUUUGGCCGUGUGGCCUUGCCAAUUGUCAAUGGGAAGGUGCAGCAAGCAAAGAUUGCACUUCAAUCACUCACUGCAGGGCCAUCAGUUAUCGAUUGGUGGAACUCAGUACUGGCGUCUGAUCUGAGUUUGCCAAGUACCACUCCGGUACUCAACAAUCCUGUGCUUUGA